GGGGGACGUGUGUAAAAUUUCUCACUAGAUUAUGUUCUUUUUAUAUCUGUUUAAAGUACAAAUAGGGAUUUGCUUUGCUGCAACGCGCAUUAAAUUUUAACAAAAUAAAACUUCUGACAUGCUAACGUUCCAAAUGAAAAUGUUAAUUAAUGCGGAUAUAUAUUAAAGAGGUUAAGAGUAAUGUGUUAAAAGAUAUUAAAUCUUUGACAUGGAUAAGAGAGCGAAUUGCCUACGCUUUUGCCAGUGUGGUGUAAAUUGAUCGAAUAUAUAAUCAUAUAUACUUUUGCAUUUAAAAUAGCCGGUCAUAAAAUAUUUUACGUCCGUAGAUUUAAAUGAAAAGUAAACCAGCGCAUGUUGUCAUUUGAUCUUAAUAGUGUGAUUUACAAUGUGGAUAUUUGGUAUUAAACGGAGGGCAAACAAGUGAUCUUUUCAAUUAGCGGUCAGUGAUAUUUUAAAAGAAGCAUUUCAAUCGAUUUCAGAUUAAGGAAUGUGUAAUCAAAGAACAAACAGUGCAGAAUUUCAAAAGUGACUCGAGCUAUAAAAGAAAAUGUUGAACAACUUUGUCGGGAUUAAGGUGCUAAAGUUUUAAACAUUUGUUUUCUUUAUGAUAAUCUGCAUAGUGAUUUGAACGGAACUAGAAUAUUUCAGACGUUAAUGGUUUUGCCCUGUCUGAGUACCAGUUUGAUAAAUCAAAUCGAACUUGCUAACAUUCAAACUUGUCUUAAAUAUGCUAUUUGUGCGGAUUUUAUUUUCUAAAAUUCUUGUCCGGGUGAUAUUGGCUGGUUUAUAGGGAUUUUAGUGUUUCCAAUUCAUCAAUACUUUUUAUUAGCAAUUUUAUAUAAACACUCUUUAUACAAUAACACGGAACACCGAUUUUCAAUGCAUACCUGAAACGCGAAACAAAAGUUUUAUUUGCAUUUAACGGAAUAUGAUUCAAUACCCAACGGGGGGCGAAACAAAAGAUUAUUUGAAUAAUGGAAUUACUAUGUACACGUAGCUUGACAAUUAUUUCAACAUAACGGUUAACUCAAUAAAUGAGAAAAAGCUAUUCGAAUCAUCAUCUUCAAUAGUAGGGAAAAUAGUAAAGAAUUAAUAAUGAUGGACAGUGUUUAGUUGAAAUACCGGAGUAAAUGUGUAUUUAUUUCAUAAAAAUAGUUCCGGUGCUAUAGUAAAUAGUGCGCUGUAAAAAGGUCUUCAACAUGAGACCUGACCAUCCUUUGAAUGAACUUGCUGAUGUGAUGUUUAACAGCCCGAUACCACCGACUCGUCAGGGAAGCGCAAGCGUUCGAAUUGAUAUGAGCGUGCAUUCUGACGACUCUGAUGAAUUUGAUGAAAUUGAAUCAUCGGCUGAAACAGAUGAAGGUCGAUUGUCAAGGUCUUUGCAGACAUGGAUGAUCGACCACACAUGGAGUCAUGUUGAACCAUUGGAGAAACCACCCGCAGAACCUUUGUUCAGCGGAAAACUUGGUAUUGAAAGAUGUCCGAAAAGAACGAAUAACGUAACCAAGAAGGAAAAAACUAAUAAAACAUUGAGAGACAAAAAGUCGAAAGCAACGAAACUAAGACGUAUUCCAAGUGACGAUUCCAUACAUACGAAUUUGUCACUUUUGACUUGCUCGUCACUAGAAACACCUGUUAUAGAAAUAGAUAAUUCUAAACUUAAACGACAAAAGAAACGUAAAAAUAAUUCAAGAGCCUCGUCUGCAGUGCCGGAUGACGAACCGUUUGUGUCAAAAUGGGAACGUUUAAGCAAUAUGAAAUCAGGUAAUAUAAAUAGACUAUUUAAAAACAGCUCAGUUUUAGCAAACCAAUUCGGAUUGAUUGCUGGAGUGAAUAAUGACGACGAAUCCGAAGCAUUUCGAAUGCUGGACAAAGACGAACAAGAUGGGCUUCUUCAAUGCGGAUAUAAACGAGGGAUAAGGUACGUCAAUAAAUCAACUCUCGAAAGAAGUGGUAGUUUGACAAAAUUAGGCAAUAUACUAGCAGACAAGCCAACUGUUUUUAAACGUACAUUAUCGUUAGAUGCUGACAAGCCUUGGGGUGCGCCUAUAGAUAUUGCCGAACUAAAGCGAGAAAGAAUGAAUCGUUUACUCGCUACAAUGCAGGCUAAAGCAUUACAAGAGAAAGAACGAACACGAAAAGGACGACGAAUUUCUCGUGUUUCAUCGUAUAAAAAUGCAUCCUCUGCUUCAUCUACAAGACCCACGUCCCCUUCAACAACAUAUGUUGGAACGGAAGUUUCAAAUGUGCAUUCAGUCGGAUCCGGUCAUAGUUCAGAAAAACGGCUUUUAACACCGUCAGAAAAACUUUCUCAAUUAGACGACAAUCAAGAAGAGAAAGUGACAGUAUGGAAAGCCGAUAGGGAGAUUCUUGAAAUAGAUCUUAAAAAAGAGCUUACUGAAAGAGUGAAACAAAAAAUUGAGAGUACGCGGACUGCAUUAAAGCGUGUAACCGGCUUUGGCGAUGAAAACGAACAAGCCCAAGUUGUAGGUACACACGAAGAAUAUCCGAAACAUAUUGAAGAGGACUUCUGCAACAAACCAAGAAUUAUUCAGAGAAUGCGGAUAUCACCAAAUCUCAGCGGAAUCAUACACGACGAUAUACGCGUUCGAAUGGGACGCCCGAGAUAUCACGAGAUUCGGGAAAGUGACAUGCAACAAUGGAACAAAGGCCAAGUUCUAAACCGUGCUCAUAGGAAUCUGAAAGUGUUCAACUGGUUACAUAGCCUUAAGGAUGUUACGUUUAGCACAAAAGUGACGUCAGAAAUAAUUGAUGACGUACCGGAAGAGGAUGCAAAUUUGCAGGAUUUUCUUCACGUGGAGGCAGCAGACGAGCCUGAUAUAGCUCCUCUGUUUCGUCAGUAUGAAGUACGGAUAUUAUAAUUGUUAACCAACAUAGUAGUUAGUAGUCUCUUGUUAACACUUAUUCUUUUAAAUGUUUUAUUUUAUCAAAAUUUUCAAGAUGUGUGACACUAUGUUAUAUGAGUAAACAGUUCCGGUGAAAUCUUAAUAUUCUUAGAUCUGAAUACUGGUUCUGAUCAUUCGAUUUGAAAUUGGUCCUAUUCUAGACAAAUGUAAAAUACAAUAAAUUGCGUGUUUGACUAUUCAGAAAAGUUGCUGUUUGUUGACAUUUUGUUUGUAGAAAAUGGAAAUGUGUUGAUUGUAUGAAAAAAUAAAUUAUAAAUAUCUUUAA